AUGGGGUCUGCAACAUCUUCAAUGGCUGCAAAAUUUGCGUUUUUCCCACCAGACCCUCCUUCUUACAGAGUGUACGUGGAAGAAUUAAGCAGGAAAAUGAGGAUAUCAGAUGUUCAUCCCAGAGAAGACGUGGACGUGAUGAAACUGAGCACCAAGAGAGGAAACGAGAUUGUGGCCAUGUACGUGAAAAACCCAUCUGCAUCACUCACGCUUGUUUACUCUCAUGGAAACGCCGCUGAUCUUGGUCAGAUGUAUCAUAUCUUCACUGAGCUUAGUCUUCAUCUGGGUGUUAAUCUUAUGGGGUACGACUAUUCUGGGUAUGGACAGUCUACUGGAAAGCCAAGUGAGCAGGACACAUAUGCAGAUAUAGAGGCUGCAUAUAAAUGCCUUGAGGAGAAGUAUGGAGUGAAAGAGGAAGACACAAUACUGUACGGACAGUCAGUUGGAAGUGGACCUGCUUUGGAAUUGGCCGUCAGAUUGCCUCACUUGAGGGCUGUGGUUCUGCACAGUCCAAUCCUUUCCGGUCUUCGGGUCAUGUAUCCGGUCAAGCGCACUUUUUGGUUCGACAUUUACAAGAACAUCGAUAAAAUUCCGCUUGUCAACUGCCCGGUUCUGGUAAUUCAUGGCACUGAAGAUGAAGUUGUGGAUUUUUCCCAUGGCAAGCAGCUUUGGGAGCUCUGCAAAGAGAAGUAUGAACCCUUGUGGCUCAAAGGAGGAAACCACUGCAACUUGGAACUCUAUCCGGAGUACUUAAGGCAUCUCAGAAAGUUCAUAACCGCCAUCGAGAAACUUCCAUCCGUUCAAGGCUCAACCGAGCAGGCUACAGAUAAACCCGAGAGUCCUUUGAAGACAGCAGACCACAACACAGAGAAGUCCAGGCCUAGCACUGAUCAUAGAGAAAAGUCUAGGACUAGUACCGGGCAAAGAGAAAAAUCAAGGCUCAGCACAGACAGCAGAGAGAAAUCAAGAACCAGCACUGACAAGAGGGAGAAGUCGAGGAGGAGCAUUGAUCGGUCCGGAAAGGCAAGGAACAGCACAGAUCAAUCGGAGAGAGCACGAAAUAGCUUCGACCGCUUAGGAGACAUGGUGAGAUCGGUCGGAUUGUGUAACGUUGAUUGUUUGAGGCAGGCAGCUUCAGAGGCAUGAGGACCAUGUAGCUUGCCACCUGCUUGUCGUCCUUUCUCUUUGAUUUCUUUUGCUGGGC